AAGGCACCUUCAACUGUGGACGCUUGUCACUGGAUUCCUCAGAAGAAGGAAACCCAAGAGAGAGAAAGACAGAAAGAGAGAAAGAGGAAGAGAGAGCUUGUGUGUCUUUAAAGAUCUCUCUGCCUACUUCUUCCUUCCUUUCUUGUUGAGAAGAAAGAGAGAGACCGUAAUGGGGAGACCUCCCUGCUGUGACAAAAUUGGGGUUAAGAAAGGACCUUGGACUCCUGAAGAAGACAUCGUCUUGGUCUCCUACAUCCAAGAACACGGUCCUGGCAAUUGGAGAUCAGUUCCCACCAAUACCGGUUUGAUGAGAUGCAGCAAAAGCUGCCGACUGAGAUGGACCAACUAUCUUCGCCCAGGCAUCAAACGCGGUAACUUCACGGAACAUGAAGAGAAGAUGAUCAUCCACCUUCAAGCUCUUCUCGGAAAUAGGUGGGCGGCCAUAGCUUCUUACCUCCCACAGAGAACAGACAAUGACAUAAAGAAUUACUGGAACACGCAUCUGAAGAAGAAGCUGAUGAUGAAGAAAGGAGAAAAUGGUGGCGCCAUGGAAGGUGGCAGUAACAACGAUCAGGAAGACGGUGGAUACUUGUCGUCAUCAUCUUCACAACCAAACAAGGGCCAGUGGGAAAGAAGACUUCAGACCGAUAUCCACCUGGCCAAACAAGCCUUGUGCGAAGCUCUCUCCAUUGACAAGCCCUCUCCUUCAUUAACCACUCAUAAUUUCCCCAUCUCUCCCACUCAUUAUAAUAACAAGACCUCCAUUAUUUCCUCCUUCAACCCCAUCACCACCACCACAAAACUACCCGACCAAACACAGACAGCACCUUCAUCGUCAUCGUACGCGUCGAGUGCGGAUAAUAUAGCUCGACUUCUGCAAAACUGGAUGAAGAAGACGCCAAACUCGGUCUCUGGUUCGAUGUCGAGCGAAGGAGCACAGAGCGGGAGCGGGACUACAACGCCAGAUCAAGGCCUGGACUAUAGCUCUCUCUUGAGCUUCAAUAACUCCUCCUCCAAUAAUAACAACAUGAACAAUAAUAAUAACAACUCUUCUGAUGUGUCCACAGAGAGCAAUAGCCUCUUACAGCAAGAAGAAAGCAAGCCAAGUUUGGAUUCUCACGUGCCUUUCACGCUUCUGGAGAAUUGGCUCUUUGAUGAUGUCGCAGCUCCACAAGGACACGACGAUCUGUUGACCAUGUCACUUCAGGAAACUACAUCAGACCUAUUUCAGGCCAAGGACAAAUUCUAGCUGGACUAAACUGCCAUAUCAUCAAUAAUUUACCUGCUGGCCGGCCUGUGUUCAAUGAGACAGUAAAAAUUUACUAAUCUUUCAACAUGAGAGGGCCUUUUGAUUGGGAGAUUUUUACAGUCUCAUUGUUCUUGCUUUCGUACAAAUUAAAAAAGUCUGUAUGUAAGAGUUUCUUACAUAGUUAAUUUGUAUCAAACCAGCUAGUUUUUAAAUAGAGGUUUCUUUGUUUUCUUUUUCUGGGUUCUAUAUAAUAACUAGCUAGCUAGAGAGUCUUGUUCUGCUUUGGUUUCUAAGCUUUCUCUCAUGACUAUGAAGAUAUAAUAGUCAUCUUCUUGCUCUGGGAAACAAAUUGUAGCGUACAUUACAACACUUCCAUAACCUGCUAUAUAUAUGUAUGUA